AUGUCGGAGCAGUUUAUGCAAUACAUUUUUCGCCUUGUGGCAAAAUGCUUGCAUCGGGCUUGUUUGAAAGGACAUACAUUAAAUGUAUCGGAUGUUUGUUGGUCAAAUGAUUCUAAUUCAGUGUUAUCAGGAGCAUAUGAUCAGACAUGUAAAUUAUGGGAUAUUGAGACAAACAGAUACAUACAUUCAUUUGAAAGUGAAGGUUUUGUUCAUGGUACAUCACGCAAAAUUUUGACAGUUAUUGAUGUCAGAAAAUCAGAAAAUUCCAUCAAAUUGAAAAAUGAAGGGAUGAUAAAUUCUUUGUAUGUUUGUCAAGAUGGUCAAAAUAUUAUUACUGGUGAUUCCAUGGGAUUCUUGAAAACCUGGGAUAUUAGAAAUGGAUUGGCAUUUCAAUCAAUUCUCAAUGAACAAACCAAAAAACCUAUUUCUCAUAUAGCAAUUCCACGAAAAAGUUUUAAAGCUUUUACAUUUAUUGGAAUAACAACAGUAAUAAGGAUGUAUGAUCGUGGAAUUGAGCCACCAAAAACUCAACCUCGGUUAAUCCAUCUAUUAAAAGGAUAUAAAAAUAAAGGAUGGCCAAUCAAAAGCUCAUUUUUUAUUGGAAAAGAUCAUCAAUAUACUAUACCACAAUAUACUAAUCUCAAAGAUAUAUAUGAUGACAGUGUUGAAUUGGUGGAUGAUGUUGCAGAUAGUACUACAUAUGAAAAAGAUAAGCCUUUAGAAGCAAGUUUGUUAUUAGCUACAGGAAGUGCAGAUGCGUAUGCAUAUUUAUUCAAUGUUGGUGGUCCGGAGGGCACGGGAGAGUUAAUUCAAAGAUUGGAAGGUCAUACUGAUUUUGUGUAUGCAGUAGAUUUUCAUCCCAUUGAACCAAUAUUAGCAAGUUGUUCGGCUGACUGUACUAUAAAACUUUGGGCACCAAAUAGCAAAGGAAAAAAGAAGAAUUAA